AUGCUGAGCCAGGGCCCUGCAGCCGUGGCCCCGGCACCCUCCCAUCCUUUGGCCUUUGACCUCCACAUCUCUCCCAGAACUCUAGGGUCCAGGAAGGCCCAGAGACCCAGUGCCAGGGACCUGGAGGGGUUGCCUGGCCCUUGCCCCCAGCCCAGGCCUCGUGUCUCACCUCAGGAGAGCAUGGCAGCAUUGCUGUGGUCUUGUGAGCUCAUCACCUGCCCUCAGGGGAGGCCAACCCAUCUGUUUAUCGGCUCUGUGCCCAAGGGGCAGGCGCAGGCGGGACCCUCCGGGGGCAGAGUCGCGGGCACAGUGGAUCUGAGGGGUGCCUGUAGGUCCUUUCACCCGCUUUCCCCUUUCCUGGCCGUCUCUGUCUCCCUCACCUCCUGCUCAAGUUGA